AAUGGAGAGCCCUACUCCCCCGACAGCCUGUUCUACCUCUGCCUCGGCAUUCAACAGUACCUGUUUGAGAACGGUCGUGUGGAGAACAUAUUCAUGGAUCGGUUCUACAACAAGUUCUCCACUGAGUUCACUAAUAUGCUGAGAGUUUUCAAGCCCUCAGUCACAUCAAGUGGUUAUAUCCAUUCAAGGGUGGAGGAGGAGUUCCUGUGGGACUGUAAACAGUUGGGAGCGUACUCUCCCAUCGUCCUCCUCAACACUCUGCUCUUCUUCUGUUGCAAGUACUUUGGCUUCACCACGGUGGAGCAGCACCGCCAGCUGUCCUUCGCCCAUGUCAUGCGCUGCACCAAAACCAACCAGAACAACACCAAGACCACCUUCCUGCGCUUCUACCCCCCGAUAUCCAUAAAUGAGGCAGAGCCAGAUCCAGAGGUUCCGGCAAAGAAGCGUAAGGAGGAGGAGAGUAAAGACGAUGUUCUGGAGAUGAUGGAGAACACAGAGAACCCUCUCCGCUGUCCAGUCAGACUGUACGAGUUCUACCUCUCCAAGUGCUCGGAGUCGGUCAAGCAGCGCACCAACCUGUUCUACCUUCACCCCGAGCGCUGCUGCGUCCCCAACAGCCCCUUGUGGUUCUCCUCCACCCCUCUGGAUGAUAGCACCAUGGAAGCCAUGCUCAUCCGCAUCCUCACCGUCAGAGAGCUGCAUCUAAAGACGAGGAAAGACGGAGGGACGGCGAAGCAGACUUCCAGUGACCCGCCAUUUAUACCUGACGAGGAGGACAAUGGGGAUUCAGAGUGAUGAAAUGAGCUUUAUUGGUGCAACAUCAGCUUGUGGUGUAAAUGUUUGUAAAUAAACUGAAAUGUUCAUUCAAAACAUAGCCCAAUAAACAUCAAUGGACGGAAUAAAUCUCACAUACAUAAAUACAGUGUGCUUGAACUGCCAAGAAAGUCAUACUUCCUAAACCACACAUUGAUCAGGAUUUAGAGAUCUUCAAAUGCAGUGUUUGUGUAGGUGAGAUGCAAGACUCAGCUCAGCAUUCGGACUUUUUACUUCUCCUCAGCAGGACACGUAGCUGUCCUUUGGUGUUUUAUCCAGUGAAUGGUUGCUUAUCAUGGCUACUUUUUUCCUUCCACGUGUUAUGAUUCGUUAAAUUCCUGUGAAAGUUUUUUCGGGGUUAUUUUGUUCUUGUUUGAGCUAUAAUGGGGAACAUUUUUUUAUUUCUGUUGGUGUCGGUGAGCAAAUGUCCACCCCAGAAGACAAACGGAAACUGGGCUUUUUGUAAUGUAGGUGUUCACUGGCAAAUUAACAGUUUAGUUUCAUCAAUGCCAUAAUUUGGAUUCAGUUUGUCAGUGAAACAGCCAAUGCUUAUUUCCAGACCCAAUAUUUUUACAGAUUUUAAUACCCUUUUAAUACACUGUGGAUUUUUCCUCCAUUUCUGUGGGUAGAAUUGCUUCUCCAAGUCACGGUAAAAUGUACAAGAUCAAUUUACGCACAAACUUCCUUCAACACACAUUGUGUGUUGUGCUCAACAGAUUUAAUCAAUGCCAUGAUUUGGAUUCAGUUUGUCAGUGAAAAAGCCCACGUUUAUUUCCAGACCCAAUACCUUUGCAGUUUUUAAUACGCUGUGGAUGGUUCCUUUAUAUCUAUAGCUGGUGGAAUUGCUGUUUGAGAGGCUUCUCCAACAAACCAUGGCAAAAUCUACAAGAUCAAUUCACACAAAAAACCUUGCUUCAACACACACUGCUCAACAGAUAAUUUUACCUUUAAAGGUCUAGUCCCUUCUCUGAACACACUGAAUUGAGCAAAAGAAUUUGAGGAUUGAGGAUUUUAGACAUGCUAUUUCAUCCAAAGCGUCUUCUGAGACUUUGAGUGUUUUGCAUAACCACCAGGUAUUGUAUAAAAAAAGAAAGUUAAAUACUGUCCCUUCAUGUAUGUCUUGGUUAUAUUAACCCCAGUCCUUUAGAGUACGGAUGCCAAGGUUGUGAGUAUUUUCUAUUGUAUGUUCUUUAUGAAUAAAAGCAUUUAAAAACAGUG